AUGAAUAAAUCAGGAGAAGAAUACACAAAGUCAGCGGUGGAAACAGAGCCUCGAAUACUAAGAAGCAGGCGUUUGAAUCAAAAUACUGUUGAAAGCAGUGACGAUAAAAGUUAUUCAGAUGAAAAAAAUGACAAUGACACCAAUAAACUUAAAUCUGACUUUCAACUAGACUCCAAUGUCAAUGAAGAACACAAACCUAAGCCAAGCAAAAUUCAAAUAACUUUUGAAAAUGAUGACGCCGCAAAAGAGAUGUCUAAUCCAGAAGAUUCGGCAAAUGUAAAAAUUGAGCAAGAGCAAGAACAUAAGCUGGUUUCUCAACCGGACACCCAAUUUGUUCAGCCAACGUUACCCAUCAUACAAAGCGUUGUUAGUCUGGGAGCUUCGACCCAUGAGCCAUCUCAGAUGGCCAGUGUUGUCGAUUUCAAGGAGGAAAAACGCAAAGAAGAAGAGUAUAAAUAUGAAGAAGCUCAAGCUAAGGCAAUGGCUGGAAAAAAUAACGUUGUCCUAGCGAUUAUGAUGAACCGUGAGAAAAUUGUUCACAUAUUCAAGUGCGCCGGUCGUUUCUGUAGCUACUCGACCGAUAACGCCGAAGAUGCGCUGCGCCAUGCCGUUGCCCACGAACGUGUCGGUGGAGAAAGCUCGUUGGAUUGCCCCUAUUGCGACUUUGACUCGUCUAAGAAUGCAGUUGAUUUGGUGACGCAUGUUUUCAAAGCUCACGGAAACUGCCCGUUUGUGUGCGGCCGCUGUUUCUAUCGCGGAGCUGCCAGUCAACUAGUGCGUGCACACGAGAUGAGGCUGCAUUGCAAAGAACAGAGCCUCAUAUACCGCAGUACGGUAACAGCUCGAUCCAAUACUGCAGAGGACAUUUUGCCACGUGACGUAGCAGUGCCCUAUUAUGUUUGCAAUCAGGCAUCAGCAGAUUCGAGUAACGGAAUUUGCCAGUUUAAAACUUACACGUCUGGUAAAUUUAGCGAACACUUAGAAACGAGACAUUCGACUGAUACUGUUUUCUCGUGUUUCAUCUGUUCGGUCCAAGUUACAAACAUUUCGGAUCUACUACUACAUGUUAAAGGCCAUGGUUUUAAAGUAUAUCAAUGCACGUGGUGUGUCCAUGGAGCUGAUAGUGAAACAGAAUUUUUGGCUCACGCCUCUGAAAAACACCCCAAUAAGCAACCCCAAGCUUAUUUAAGAAUAAUAACCAACAAGGAGGGAACAGCGGGUUUUAGAGUACUGCCAUUGGCGCAAUUGAAUAAUUCAAAAAUUCCUACUAUCGACGUGACACCAAAUUGUGCUAAAGGUAACCCUGAAAGGGAAGCAGAAAGAUCAAUAGAUUUAGAAAAGCUCAUCGGCGAGACAAAUCAAAUGAUUGAAUCGAUGAUGUCAUCUACCCAAACCAAUAUGGAUAGUAACGACGCAGAAAAAGAUGACGGUAGUGUGCCAUACUUUGAUUCCGAAUCAAUUAAUCAAAGCCAAGAGCCAUUAGUAACGGAUUUAAAGUCUCCGUUGCUGAAUCAAACAGCAGAACAGUUAAAACCCGAAGAUUCUCGAGCAUCAAUUCCGCUUACUUCUCAGUGCCCAGCGACUCCAAAAUUGAGGAACCAAUCAGUGAAAGGCGACGAUCAUAAACAACAAUCGCCAGUUAUCGUUAAAAAUGAACCGACCACUUCCAAAAGUUCAAUGUCGGACGUCGUUUACUGCUUGGACAGCGAUGAAGAGGCUCCGAAUAAAAAGAUGGUCGAUCUCACCGCUGAAGAAACUGCAUCAGCCGCAGAUAAAAGCGACCAGUCUGACACACCUAAACGGUUACGACUAGAAUGUUUGUUCAAAUGUGGCUUAUGUUACAAUACUGUAUUAAAAAAUAUCGUGGGAUUUAAGAGGCACGUAACGGCUGUGCAUCAACAGAAAAUAAAUGAGAUCGCAUGUGCCCAUUGUCCUUUUAUUGGGCCGAGAGACGUUGUGGCCAACCAUUACUUGAGCGAUCAUAGUUUGUCGCAAGAGACGAUUACGCGUUAUGUAUGUGGCGUCUGCGAUAAUAGGUAUGUCACUUUUGGAUUUGUGAAGAAACACCUUAAAGAUGAUCACCGUAUGGAAAAACUCACAUCGAAAUCUCUACAUUCAAAGGACGGAGAAUAUUAUUUUGUGGUUGAUGACGCCGGAACGAAUAAACUGGCCACAAAACGGAAAUUACCCAAGCAAUACAAACUUAAAAGUGCAGAGCCCCCCGUGAAGAUGAAGAAAUUCGGCCCCAGCGACGUCGUCAACCUUCCGAUUAACCCCAUUCUAGACGAAUUGGUUUACUGCGCUUUGUGUGAGUUUAGUACAAAGGUCCGAUUAAACAUGGUGAGGCACCUCCAGCUUCACGCCGAACAGCAGCCGGUGCCGCAAACCGCCCCAGUCAAUCCUGUGCCCCAUUUGGAGACGAACGAGAAGCACUUCGACAAAAUGGUCAACCUCGCUUCGAGCUCAAUUGCGUCGCGUAUGGACAAAACCAAUAAAGCCGAACAGCAGCCCGUGCAGAAUCCGCUCAUUCCGCCCGAAACGGUGUCCCGCUAUCCGAAGUAUGUGCCGGAUCGUCAGCGGUACACGUGCGGCGCCAAGGAAUGUUGCUACAUCUCCUUGGACGAACACAUGUUCAAGUACCAUUGGGAGACAUUGCACUCCGAAUCGAAGGACUACCGCUGCAUGCACUGCCCACCGCAUCAGCACCUGGACAACUCUAAGCCUCUUACUGCAUCGCGAAUCAUUGCCCAUCUCAAAAUGCACGAUAUGAGAUUGUACGCCUGUUCCGUUUGUCACUACUAUCACAAUCGACGUCAGGUGGUCGAGAAACAUGUGGCCGAGUUCCAUAGCAGUGCGCGCGUGGUGGUGGUUCGGGAGGAGAGCGAACAGACGCCCACGGCCCCGAGCUCGAGCCAGCCGUCAACCGCCGCGCCGACCAUGGACCUGAAGCCGUGGCAAUGUGGUUUGUGCAAAUUCAAGAGCAUGCUGCGCCCAGAGGUGGUGGAUCACUGUGCCAAAAUUCACCAGUCUAAGAUGCAGUACAAGUGCACUUACUGCGCUUUUAGAACAUCUACCUUGGAUAAUAUUAAGAAACACCAGGGCAAAUCGCACGCCGAUAAGGCUCCAGAAACAUUUUACUUUUAUUAUCGUGAGGGAUCUAUUCCCGACGAGCCUGAUGGUACCCCACGAUGGCAGAAGCAACGUCAGAAAAGCUCAGUAGCGGAGACUCUUGUGAAGACUGAGGCAGUUGAAAGUAGGUCGUCGGAAUCUGAAAACGCCACCGAAGUUGAACCGACGCCAAUCGCCAUUCCCGUGGUUGACCUUAAUAUCGUGAAGAGGGACCCAGACUCUGUAGCUCCAGAACAGCCGACGCAAGACCUCUGCGCUUCUCUGAACUUCGGUCAAUUUUGUGAACCAAAUGGUUUGAAAUACAAAUGCCCCCUAUGCGAGACUGUCUCCGAAGAAACAAAGGAAGCUAUGCAGUCCCACCUGUAUGAAGAGUUGCAGUAUAGGAAAUGGGGAUGCGGACUUUGCUCCUACAAAGCUUUCCAUAAGAAUGGUCUAUUCGAGCAUAUGCGCAUUGAGCACCGGCGAUUCCGGGAGCCUAUCGAGCUACCCAUGGACUCCCAUAUUGAGACAUGGAUCGCCAAAGCUUUGGAUCAUCAAUUCCUCCUAAUAGAGAAAAAUAAGCUCAAUUCGCCACUCGGGACCAGACCUGAUAGUGAGUUGCUCACUCACAAAUCUAAUCCCUUUCCUUCUACGUCGAAGCGAGUAAAUCUCCCGUUGACGCUUGAAAGCGGUGACAAUUUCAAUACUGAGGACCUCGAAAGCUUUUUCGGCAGGUGGUGUUGCAGCAGUUGUUCGGACAAAUUCCAGAACUAUCAUGAAGCUCAGUUCCACUGCAAGAGUGUCCAUACUGGACUCGCGGCUAGGGCCGUCGAGGCGGUGCGUGAUGUAGGAAAACGCGAUGCUUGGAUCUCCGCAGUUCUGCAAAAGCAAAAGUGCAGUAUGACUCAAUCACCAAUGCUAACGAAUAAAACCGCCAGCCUUGAAUCGACUGAGAGCAUUGCAACUGAUAACUCCUUACUGGUAGUUCGAUACGAAGAACGAGUUACGACCCCGGAGGUGGAAAUGGCCAACUUAAAAGGAGUGGCUUUGGACAGUGACGAGGAUGAUGAGAAACUAGUCAUCGAUGAACCGUCUCAGACUUUGGAAGGCAGACAAUGUCCAUUCUGCAAUUUCAAGUGCAAUGACAUGAGGGACUUUAAGGAGCACAUUACACAGCACUCUAACAUAAAGCCAUACUUCUGUUCUUAUUGUGAUUUUAACGGUUACAGGAGAACUGUACUGAAGCACUUGACCGACAAACACAAGGGCCGGCCGCUGUUGCUUGUCACCAGGAGCCAGAGAAGUAUGGGUCCCCCUUUAAACACCAAUCCCGUGGCAACUGUGGCGUCAACGGUGGAAGAGGAAGUAUCGAAGUUGAUCUGCUUGCAAUGCGAGACGCCGUUCACGGAUAUCGAUGCCAAGGAACACAUGCAUGACAAUGUAAAGCCGAGCUUCGCGAAAAAGGGGCAGGUGGUGGUAAAGUGUUGCAUUUGCCUGCUCCUACUCCAAAACAUCGACGAGGCCACCGCCCACCACCAGCUGAGCCACCCUGGCGAGAGCCUGAACUACUCGUAUUACAAGCUGCUGGGCAAGAGGAGGACCGUUUUCUUCUGCGUGUACUGCGACCAUCAGUUCAGAUUCUGGAAGGACAUGAAGGUGCACUGGAGUGCGGUGCACAGCACGCUGCCGCUGCAGUUCCGGAGGCGGCAGUUCUCCGCCAAGUCGGACGUGAUCGUCAACCUGGACGACGAAGAGGUCGCGUUGAAGAGGAAGAGCGAUGCUCUGUGCGAGGGUCGGCCGUCGAGGAAGUGCGCGAGGAAAUCCACCACAAAGCUACCGAUGCAGGCGGUGGCCAAGAAGUCCACAACGAAGCUGCCACUCAAUGUUGAGCCGGGCUCGAGUCUGCAGGAGUACUCCUAUUACGGUGUGAAACCCUGUGUCGACGACUUGGAGAAUGUCAGAACGAGCAUGACUUUCUGCAAUACGGACGUUUCGUUCACAUUUAAACAACUGAGUGAAGUCAUCAAAAUCAGUCCAAAAGUAGUUGUAAAAGAAAUUAAUAAG